GGGGGAUGCGGCGGUCCCGCGUGCGGCUGCGCGCGUGUGCCCUCGUGCCCGCCGACCGCCCCGACGGCGGCUUCGGCCUCCACGCCGAGGAUGGCCCCGCGCGCGCGCGCCCGCCGACGCGCGUGCCUCACCGCGGGGACUCGUCCUCGGAUUGGCCCCCUUUCAACCUGUUUUGCUUCGGACGAAGCGACGGCGGCCCCCCGUGGCUCUGUCGUACUCCGGGGACGAGACCCGGGACGGCAGCGCCCGCAGCACUCGUCCUCUCGCCGUGGCGAGGGCACCCCCAGCAACUCCAGGCACCUCGCGGGGAAGAACCGCAUGGUGCCGACGACUUGCCGGUGGUGCUGGGCCGUCCACUCGAGGCCGUGCGGCUGGAGGAGCGAUGCGAUGUACCUGCAGGUCGCCUCCUCCGUGUCCAGCAGCGUGCCGUCGAGGUCGAAGACCACCGCUGCGAGGAAGCCGCCAGGCGGCCCGCCGGAAACCACCAUUGCGCGGGGAGGAAGCCGCGGAGGAGGGCGAGCAGCGGGAGGUGACGAAUGAUAGGGGGGCAGAUGAGGAGGAGCGGAGAGCCCU